AUGUUUUCAGGAGCACCUGCCCCAAACAAUGCACCUCCACUUGGCUUUCCAUCCAGUAUUGUACUUGGUCCUAAUGGACAAUCAUUUUUCGUCAGUGACUUUCUCAAUCAUAAAGUGAUUCAAUACUUUCUAAAUGGUGUUACUGCUCCUGUGGUUGUUGCUGGCGGUAAUGGACAAGGAAAUGCUCCGGCUCAGUUGAAUCUACCACGGGGUAUAUUUUUUGAUUCAGCAUCAAAUUCUUUAAUAAUCGCUAAUUCGGGUUCUAACAAUGUCAUACGUUGGGUUCUUGGACAGAAUAUAGGGACAAUUAUUGGAAACGGUGUUCAAGUUGGUAAUGCAGUACAAAUAUUAGCCAAUCCUACGGGUGUAGCACUUGAUUCCGCUGGAAAUUUGUAUGUGAGCAAUACUUUAAAUAAUCGUAUAGUGUUGAUUAAGCCUGGCCAAAUAAUUGGCACUGUCAUUAUACCAGGAGGUGCCGUAGCUGGUGCUGGUGCUGCUACUGCCACUUCCUUAAAUGGUCCUACUGGCGUCAAACUCGACUCUCAAGGUAAUUUGUACGUGGUUGACACAGGCCGUAAUCGCGUACAACUAUUUGCGUGCAUCCGGGUUCCAGCGUGA